AACAAACUGCGUAGCUGAAGUCGUAACGUGUAUGAGUCCACAGAAAGAGGGACAUUUGAAGCUCUUCCUGGAAAAAAUGACCAGAGCAUAUGAAUUUAUUCUCAGGAACUAUGAAAAGGUACAGGCUCCUCCAGUCACCAAAACUUUGGAGACAGCAGCAAGCCAGUUCCUAAACCCACCUCCAGGCGAAGAAACCUAUGUGCUCAACCUGGUCCCUGUCCCUUUAACCGCCACCACUGUCAGUUCUCCAGCCUCUACAAGCUACUGUGUUCCUGCUGCAUCUCUCAUUACCCAGACCAAGAGAAAAAGGAAGAAAGUGACACAGGAACAUGAAAACAUGGCUCCUCCAGUCACCAACACUUUGAAGACAUCAGCAGCCAGUCAGCUGCUCCAUCAACCUCCAGGCGAAGAAACCUCUGUGCUCAACCUGGUGCCUAUCCCUCCUCCAGUCACCUCCACCUCCCUCUCUUCUCCUCCACUCCCCACCACCUCUAUUUCUCCUCCUCCACUCCCCAACACCUCUCUCUCUCCUCCUCCACUCCCCUCCACCUCUGUCAGUUCUCCAGCUGCACCUCUCAUUACCCAGCCCAAGAGAAAGAGGAAGAAAGUGAAACAGAAACAAGAAAACAGGGACUGUGAAAAGGUACAAGCUCCUCCAGUCACCAACACUUUGAAGACAGCAGCAGCCAACCAGCUUCUCCACCCACCUCCAGGCGAAGAAACCCAUGUGCUCAACCUGGUCCCUAUCCCUCCUUUAGUCACCUCCACCUCUUUCUCUCCUCAUCUACUCCCCACCACCUCUCUUUCUCUUCCACUCUCCACCACUUCUGUCAGUUCUCCAGCUCCUACAAGCAACUAUGUUCCUGCUGCACCUCUCACUACCCUGCCUAAGAGAAAGAGGAUGAGACAGACAGGGAAACAAGAAAACAAGGUGUGCAGAAAAUGUAGCAGGCAGAAACUUUUCCACUUUGAGCAAAUACUUGAGAGAAGAAUGAAUGAGGGAAAAGCGGAAGUGAAAGUGCGUUGGCUGCCUUGCUCUGCUUGUGGGAAAGACUGGGAUGACACGUGGGAACCUGCCAGUGUAAUAGAGAAGAAAAAUAAAUAAUAACCACAUUUUGUUAUAGCACACAGUGUCAGAAUACUAGUACAAACAUGAAAUAAAAGUUCU